GCCAAGCUUGCUAACGAAGAGCUGUGCUGUGAUGGGAGCGUCAAGGUAUGGAGACGACGGGAAGGGAGGAAGGAAGCAGAGCAAAACAGAGGAAGCCGGAGCAGGGGACAUGAGAGUCCAGAGAUGACAGUCGACGAGCUCACUACGCAAGGGCGAAUCCAGAGUCCAGACUGAGACUGCGGUUCUUCCCCCGCGGAGGCCAGACCUUGCCUUCCGUCCCCGCCGUUUGAUCAUUCGCUGCCACGCGAGGACACUACGGUUUCAGCCCGAUGUUCUUCCCUCGUGUGGCCAAUCCGCCAGCCUCGCAAAAUGAUUCCCCCUUCCUUGUUGGAUAUUUUUUACACCUCAAAGUCCAGAGCUCUGGAAACUUCCUGACCUCUCGUCGUGAUUACAGAUUUUCCCGUCGAGACAAAUCGGGCACAACAACCGCCUUUCUCGAAUCCAAUCCUCCUAUAAAUGGCGCGGUGGAAAAGCAGCUUCAUGUCCGUCGCUGAAUUGGCGCAUACGGGAAACAUCCUCGGUCGCAGCUCCCCUCGCGUCGAUCCAUCCGACCCGCGGCGCGAUUCCGACUCCCCCCCGGCGUCAAUCCAUCCGAUCCGCCCCGCUCAUCCCCCUGCUCGGCCGAUGGAGCUUGUGCAGGCGGCGGCGGAGGACUGCGCCGCGGCCAACGGCGGCGCCGACGUCCACCACGAGGUCCCCGCCGUCCUUCACGCGGGGCCCCUGGCCUGGUGGCUGCGGCUCGGCUACUUCUUCGUGGCCGCGCCGGUGACGGCCGCCUGCGCCGGCCUCCUCGACGGGCCCUGGGCGGCCGCCUCCGCCUACGCGGUCCUGCUGCUCGGCGUCGCCUCCACCUGGCGCGCGAUGCUCCCGCCUCCACUUCCGGACCACGUGCGGGCGAACCGGGCCCGCGCUGCGGUCGAAGACGGCCACGGCCACGGCAACUGCCGCGAGGUCGCCUCCCCAGCCCCAGAAGCGGCGAUGGCGUGGUGCGGGUACGUCCUCGUGGCCGCGCCGGCGAUUGGGAGCUCCUUCGGCCUCGCGGACACGCCGGCCGCGGCCCUCGUCGCCUACGCGCUCCUUUUGCUCGGCGCCGCCUUCAUCGGCGUCGCCAUGCUCCCGCUCCGACCGAUGGAGCGUUUGCUGCGGGAGGAGGACAACGGCGCAGUGGGGAAUGGCAACCGGCAAGGCAUCAUCCCGCGCGCGAGGGGCAUGGAUUGGACCGGCUACUUCUUCGUGGCCGCGCCGGUGCUGGCCAGCUGUGCUGGCUUCGUCGACGGGCUGCCGGCGGCCUUGUUCUCCUACGCUCUGCUGCUGCUCGGCGUCGCCCUUAUCAUCAUCGCCAUGCUUGCGAUGGCAAAGCCCCACAUGGACUAACCGGAGCAGAUCCAGAGCCCACAACUACCUAAUUUCAGAUAUUGGGAUGGUAUUUCAGAUGAUCUGGAAGUCUGGAAGAAUAUGAUUACGUGGCUACCAUUGUACAAGCAUGAUAUGAGGGGGAUGGAGGCAUGGUGUGGCUACUUGAAAGAAUAGAUCAAGGAGACAAUGGAGAUUGAUAGUGGAAUGAAAAAGUAGGGGGCUGCGGUAUUUGGGUUUUUGGUGUUUUUAGAUGUUCGUAAAGUUUAUAGUGGAAUGAAAAAGCUGGAGGAUUUUCAACGUUGGAAUUCAUAUUCCUGUGUUUAGCUGGAGAGUAGUUGGCUUUUCAAUAUUUGAGUGUAGUUUUUAUUUUGAACAUGAGUAUAUAUAGCUUAACUUGAGUAACCA